AUGGCGACUGAAGAGGAUAUCGCGUGGUUCAAGUCCACUUUCCAUCCUAUCCCAAAAGCACAGCUCCCCGACGACUCCGUCGAGUACUACGUUUACCACCUGCCCUCCCCCGCCCCCGCCGUUAUCGAUCAGGCCGUCGAGACUCGUGCGCGAUUGCUUGAGGUCCAGCGCACAGCCGCGGAAUUGACCAAGGAGUUGCUGAAAGAUUAUAUCUGGCAGCGCGAAAACUUCCGAUUGGAGAUUACCAAGGAUGAUGGGAUCACUUCGCUCCACGGCCGCACCAACUAUGGAGACUCCAUCGAAGAUGAGUGGGUGGUCGUGUACAUCCUCCGCGAGUUAACGAAGCGCCACAAAGAUAUUUGGGUCAAGGUCGGAGACAGUGACGGCGAGUUCCUGCUCGUCGAGGCGGCGGGCACGCUCCCUGCAUGGCUGGAACCCGAGGUGGCGGAUAACAGGGUUUGGAUUAACCAAGGAGACCUCAAAAUCAUCAAGCCAAAGAAAGACACAGGAAAAAAGGUCUCAGAAACAUUGACCCUGCCAGAAGCACACAAAAUCAUCCAAGAAGAACCGAACCGCUUCAUACGGUCCAGAAUAAUUCAGGAGGAGGCAUUCUAUCGACUGCGCAACUAUCCCAAGCAAAUCUCCGAGAACCUCCACCACGCGAUCGUAACACUUCCGCGCAAGGUCGCGCACCUAUUACACCGAAAGCCUGCAUACAUAUCGCCUGUCGUGGAAGCCUUCUACAUUCGUGAUCCUAUAGCCAUGCGUCCUCUCAAGUCGAAGGAUGCAUCUGAUCUCGUUUUCAAACCCGAAGACUUCGUCACUGUGAGCUUGAAGUUCACACGAGUGGGAUACGCCCAAUUGAAGAGUCAGGAAUUUCCUACACCAAGCACCUGGGAGGGAACAUUACCUCCACCUGAAGAUCUGAAAGCGUAUGCCCGCGCGGAGACAGGCAUGAAGGUGUCUUGUGGACUCGAAAUGCUACUCUACGAUCCCCACCAUCAAGACAAGACUUCUGUCAGAGAAAUGAAAAUUUGGCUUGAGGAUAUUGACGAUGGCGAGGAGCAUCUGACCGGGGACUUAGAGAUUGAAAGGGAUUGGGACAAGCGGGAGGAUGACGAAAAAUGGUUGGACAUCAAUUUUGAAGAUCUGGACAGGGAGCUCAAAGGAGGCAAGAGCGAAGAAAAGACCGGUGGUGACUUUGGCGACGUAGGCGCUCAACAGAAUUUGCAACGGAUUGUCGCUCGUUUCGAGGAAUUCUUGAACGAUAAUUCUGCGGGCUUCGACGGCGCAGAUUUCAUCGAUGACUUUGGAUCAGACUCUGACGUUGAUGAUGACGACGAGGACGAACUCAGCAGCGAUGGAGAGGACAAAGACGCCUCAUUUGAUGAAGAGGAGUUCUCACGGAUGAUGAAAGAAAUGAUGGGGAUGCCUUCUGGACCCGGGAAGCCCUCCUUUAAAGCGCUGGGAAAACGCGUUCAAGAACUCGACGCAGAUGAAGAAGAUGAUACGGAACAGAUCAAGGAACUGUCUCGGCAGAUGGAGGCUGAAUUACGAGGAACCGGAGUUCUCGACCUGAACAGAAAGCAACAGAAGCUGGCUUCUGGGGAGAAUGCAUCUAAAGGGAAGGCUACCGAACCUAACAACCCAGAUGAUCAAGAGGAUUAUGAUGAGGAUGAAAACUCCAACAUUAACCUUGCCAAAAACCUGCUGGAGAGUCUUCAUGCCCAGGCAGGUACUGCAGGCCCAGCGGGCAACAUGCUCUCCAUGAUGGGCCUGCGGUUGCCGAAAGAUGACCGCCAUUGA